AUGAAAGCCCUCUAUUGGAAUAUUAGAGGGAUAAAGAAGGCUGCCGCAAGGUUAGCUUUGAGGAAUAUUUUAAGGGACAAAAGACCUGAUUUCCUUUGCAUUGCCGAACCUAUGAUUCCCUCUGACGCCUUUCGUACGUUGUUCUUCAACAAGCUGGGUUUUGAACCUGAUUUCAUCCAUAACGAGCGUCUACGCGGAGUCUCAAAUCUAUGGCUGAUUUGGCGAAGAGGUGUAGCAAAGCCUGUUGUGCUAUCGUCUUCUGAGCAGCAAAUCUCUGUCUCUGUGCAAUGGGCUCAGGAAAUUUUCAUCUUAUCUGGAAGGAAAUUCACAUGGACUAAUAACAGGAGAAGGGGUCAUGUCUCUGCAGUGCUCGAUCGAAGCUUUUGCAAUGAGGCCUGGAUUUCUUAUUUUCAAGAAUGUCACCAAUUUGUCUUGCAGAGAGUGGCGUCUGACCAUACUCCCAUUUUGGUGGUGUCUGAAGGCUCUGAAAGACCAAAAAACUAUCCUUUUCGCUUCCAGAGGUUCUGGGCAGACCAUGAGGGUUAUCUAAAUGCAGUUAAGUCCUCCUGGGUGAAUGACAUUCCUGGAUCGCCAAUGAUGGUUAUGGCUCAAAAAUUAAAAAGAUUGAAGGUCUUCCUGCGCUCCUGGGCAAAAGAAAAUUUUCCAAAUUUUAAUUUGGAGAUGAUGGAGGCAAAAAAAUGCAUGGAGGAGAUCCAGAAUGAAAUUGACAGAGAUGGGAUAAAUGACUCAAUUUAUGCCAAAGAAGCUGAUGCAAAGACCAGAUAUCUGAAGGCCCUGAAAAAUUAUGAGAAAUUAUGGGCUGAAAAAUCUCGUUCUAGAUGGAAGAAUCAAGGAGAUAGAUGCUCAAAAUUAUUUCACAUCUCAGUAAAGAUUCGGCGAAUGAAGAACUCCAUUAAAUCUCUGAAGAUGGUUGAUGGGACCCUGAUCUCUGAUAGAGAGCAGAUCAAGGAAUUUGUUGCGGGUUUUUAUGAGCAUUUUCACAAAGGUACUCGCCUUACCAAUCACAUGGAUUUAUUGCAAUGCAUUCCUAAUGUUUUGGAAGAAUGGGAUAGAGGUCGAUUAGAUGGUAUUCCCUCUGACUCUGAGAUUAAGAAUGCGGUGUGGGAUCUUGAUCCAGAUAGUGCUCCUGGACCAGAUGGAUUUCCUGGAGCUUUUUAUAAAUCAUGUUGGGACAUCAUAUCUUCAGAUUUGUGCAAUGCUAUCAGAUGGUUUUUCAGAACCGGGUUCAUGCCUUACGGCAUUAAUAAUAAUUUCCUGGUUUUGAUUCCUAAAAUUGAAGGAGCACUAUCCCUUGACAAAUUCAGGCCAUUGUGCAUGGGAAAUUUUCUAUGCAAAAUAAUAUCAAAGAUUCUGGCUAUGCGAUUAUCAUGUGUUCUUCCAAAAAUUAUCUCAGAGGAACAGGGGGCCUUCCAGAAAGGGAAGAUCAUUCAUUCCAACAUAUCACUUGCCUCGGAGCUGGCAAACAUGAUGUUUGCAUCCACAAGAGGUGGAGGUAUGGGUUUAAAAAUUGAUAUCCAGAAGGCGUUCGACACUAUCUCUUGGAAUUUUAUUUUUCAUAUCCUUGUUUCUGCCAGAAUCUCAGUUCUGUUAAAUGGUGGCCCUGUUGGAUACUUUGGUGUGGAGAAGGGUCUGAGACAAGGAGAUCCAAUCUCGCCUAUGCUGUUUAUCAUUGCUGAAGAGGUUCUUUGUAGAGGCUUAUCUGAGCUCCUAGCCAAUAACAGCAUUAAAGCUCUAUCGGGUCCUCGUGGGGCGAUUAUCCCUACACAUAUUCUUUUUGCUGAUGAUGUUUUUAUCUUUUCUAAUGCUUCCAUCAGGCCUAAGGAUGAAGGUGGUUUGGGACUGAGAAGGCUCAGAGACAUAAACAAAGCCAUGCUUUGUAAUAUGGUCUGGAGGGUCAAGCAUGAGAAUUCCUUAGCAUGCAAAUUCUUAAGGGCAAGAUUUUUGAGGGGUGAUGGUUCCUUCAAAAAGUCCUAUAAGCCUUCAUCGAUUUGGCCAGGCUUUAGGAAGAUGUGGGACUUCAUGACCACCAAAGAAGCCUGGAUGAUUGGAAAUGGGGACAGCAUAAAUUUCUGGUCAGAUAAAUGGUUGGGCGGCAAAUCCAUCCUAGAGCUAGUUGGCCUGGAGGGAGAGUCGAGUCUUCUCUGCAAGGGAAAGGUCAGUGACUUCAUUGAAAAUUUUAAAUGGAAAUUGCCAAAUGUUAUCUCACCUUUGCUGCAUGAUAUUUUUGAGAAAAUUCGAACCAUUAAAAUUCCAUCUUAUCCCUGUGAAGAUAUGUGCCUGUGGAGUCUAUCAUCUGAUGGGAUUUUCAAUUCUAAUUCUGCCUGGGAAGAUAUUAGGAUUCGUAACCCGAAAGUGCCAUGGUUCUCUUUGAUUUGGGGUAAAAAGAUGCAACCCAGGGUGUCUAUCUUUGGUUGGAGAAUGGUGCACGACAAGCUCCCUACAGAUGAUGCUAUUCAAAAGAGGGGCAUAGUCCUUGUCUCUAAAUGCAGCUUAUGUGGAAUGGAGGCUGAGACAUCGUCUCAUAUUUUCCUUCAAUGCUCCUACUCCGAAGAAAUAUGGCUCUUUUUUUGUGGAUGCUUCAAUGUGCAAUGGUAG